ACACAAUUUGAACGAAAUCAUGAAGCAUAUUUUGUCUAUUUAGAUGCCUCCAAGAAGAAAAGUCUCUGUGCGCCAAUUCGAACUCUUGGUCGAGUUUGCAGAGACCCAUCGCGAUAUUGCGAUGGGUCGAUACGCUGGAGGGCCUCUAGGGAACCAGGCUGCACGACAGGCCUGGCAAACCCUUGCCCUCCAGCUAAAUGCAGUUGGGGAAGGGGUUUCAAAAAGCAGCGAACAAUGGCGAAAAUACUGGAUUGAACUAAAGGCGAAGAUAAAAAAUAAAGCGGCUGACUCUAGGAGGAUGGCUAGGGGAACGGGUGGAGGGCCCAAUAGGCUGCUACCUUUAACACCUAUAGAAGAAAGGAUCCUCUCCAUUAUAGGGAAGGUAGCAGUCGAAGGAUUGGAGGGAAUCCAAAUUCCACUGAAUGCUCCAACAACGAACAUUAUUGACAACACCUAA